UAUAAUUUAUCGAUAUAGGUGGCUUUUGUCGAGUUGUUUAUUAAUUAGGACAUCUGCCUGGAUUUAGCACUUUAGCCAUAGGCUAGGCUAGUUUUAAACAGCAUCUCUAAUAAUUUAUCAAGGUUUUUUUUUUCUUAUUUGAUAUGAUAAGUUAUUCUAGUAUUUGAUAGAACAGCGUGGUUUAAUAUCAGCAUGCUCAUUUGUUAGGUGUUCUGAUACUAAAAUUAUGAGGUCAUUUCAAGAGAACAAAAGGUCAGUUUAUCGCUCUGCAGCAGAAUACAAUCAAUUGUAAUAGGCUACAUCUUAGUCACCAUUGAAUAAGUAAGACGUCUGGUCACAGCUGCCGCUGGUGGUGAUAAAUGCAAAUAUGAGUGGUGCGUUGUUUAAAAACAAGACUUCCAAGAUGCUGUCCAAUAAAAUGCAACUGGGUGAGUUACAGCCCAGACACAGGACUCUUUCUCUCAACGUACGACGUCUGCAGGAAGCACUUUCUGUUUAUCUGGAUGACGAGGAGACUUCGGGUUUUAUAGACGCUUUACAUACUUAUGAUUCGGAACGAGAUGUUUUUGAAUUUGUGAACAGUCUGAAAAAGAUACUUAAUAGUCCGACAAAAAGACAGUUAUUUCCCCUGGUGAAACGUGUCAUACCGCGAAAAGACAUUGAUUCAUUUGAACUGUUGACGAAGGGCGGAAAAUCUUACGGAACUGCCCCACGGGUUAAUUUAUAUAAGACGCAUACUUUGGAUAAGGUUCCCGAUUUACAUGCUGAGGAUCAAUUUCACACUCUUCGUACAGAUACAACUUUUGGUCGUCGUCACAGAAAAAGGAGACCAGAGUUAAACGUAGCUAAUUACGGGCCAAACGGUACAAUUCGCAGUCAAAGAAAACAGCGUUCAAAAUCAUCGAGUCGUGACAGUCGAUCAUACACUCUGACCAAUGGUUAUUCCAUCCCUCCGUCCACGAUAGGCGAUUCAGGAGAAGUGUUUAAGUUAUAUCUACGUCCCUCGAUGAAUCCUGAGGAAAGUUUUGGAUUUAGUAUCCGUGGAGGUACCGAGUAUGGAUUAGGUGUGUAUGUGUCAUCAGUUGAUCCAGGAGGUGUUGGUGAGCUUCAAGGACUCCAGCCUGGAGAUUUAAUCGUAGAAGCCAAUGAUAUUUCAUUUAAGAAGAUUUCUCAUAUUGAAGCUGCAAAGAUAAUUAAGGCAGCAAGAAAGUUAGAGUUGACGUUAUGUCGAAUCGGAAAAAUCCCAGGUACACAUGUAGUUCAUCAGACGUACAGGUGGAUAGAUCCCAAGGGGAGGCCAGUCUCCCCUCCUCCAGAACUAGAACAACUUCAUCCAACAGAACCCCUGGAACACAGAAAUAGAUCUGGAUUAUCGUUACUGAAAGCUAGUGAUGAACGUAAGGUAAAUGUAAAAGUGCCACGAGGAAAGAGUUUAGGGCUGAUGGUGAGAGGUGGACGUGAAUUUGGUCUGGGUAUUUAUGUUUCUGGUGUUGAUCAUUAUUCUGUAGCAGAAAUGGCCGGGCUGAAGGUAGGAGAUCAAAUUUUGGAUAUUAAUGGUCACAGUUUUUUAGACAUCAGUCAUUCCAGAGCCGUGAAAUUAUUAAAGGUUGGUCGCCACAUGGUAAUAACGGUAAAAGAUGUUGGUAAAUUACCAUUUGCUAAAACUACCAUCGAUAAAACACAGUGGAUAGAUAAAGACCAGAUGCCACGAUCAUCUCAUUCUAUCAAUGGAAGAUUAUCAGCAAGUUUAUCUAAUUUAGAACUGAUUCCAAAGUCUUCUAAAAGAAUAGGAUUUUCUCGAGGAGCUGGAUCCCAGCUGAUGUUAAAUUCUAUGUCCAGACAACAGUGGGAUAUGAUCGAAGAACAAGCUAGAAUAUUAUUAAAUGAACACGAACAGGCAACAUUACGAUAUUAUCUCACCGAAUAUCAACGUAGUAGUAUUAUGAUUGAUGGCCUCGUCUUCGCUUUGUUCGAACUUCUCAAUACACAAGCUAAGUUAACACUGGUUGGUGAAAUCCGUCCUUUAUUAAAUCCCAGAGAUUUGGAUCAAUUUGAUCAUCUUGUUCUUCAAAAAGAGGCUGAAGUUCAUGGGUUAGGAAGACAAUCAUCUCUGGUUCCUGAUUCAUUUUCUCUCAUGUCUUAUGAUAGUACAGAUCUACACCUUGAACAACAAAAUAAAAGAACUUUAUUCUCUUCUGCCAUGAAUAAAAAUAGAAAUGGUAAUCAAGUAUUUUUAAUGAAUCCAGUUUUACAUUCUAACAAUAAUAAUGGAUUUACGUCACGAGAUCUCCAGUCAUUACGUGAUGCUAUAGAACAAAUACAGGAGAGUGGGAAUUAUAUAUCACAGCGUAUAGAUAAACAGGAAGGUCAUUUAAAAGCCAGAAGUAAAUCAUAUAGUGAUCUGUCGUUCCCUGUCAGUAGCAGAAGUCGGACAAAGUCACGAUCACGAUUAAAUAUUAAUACACCAGAACCAAUCCCAUCAACCUCUAGUGGUAUUACAUCAUCAGGUUUCAUGGUAAAGGCAGACGUUCAUCAAACAACCAUUAAAAGGGGAGAUGAUUUACCUAGUGAUGAUAGUGGUGUAGAGAGUAAUGGUCACCUCACACAGAUGGUACAACAACUACAAACCUUCGACAGAAAGUCAAAUAGAGGAUCGAAUAAAAGGGUUACGAUUUCUCCGUCAACGCCUGUAGAUAUCAACCAUGUUCUAGCAGAGCAACCAAUCAACAAUCAUAUAGGGAAACAGAAUACAAAUGAAGCCACUGCAGCACCUAGUAGCAACCAAUCAAAUUAUCUUAGUCCAGAAGAAGAGAGGUUAGAAGAAGCUAGAGAGAGAUAUGGUGAUAUUAGUUUAGAUAUAAUAUGUGUAUACAGAAGUAAACCAACGUUAGGUCUGGCUAUAGAAGGCGGAGCUAAUACUAGACAACCAAUACCUAGAAUUAUAAACGUGCAGCCCGGGGGAUCUGCUUUUGAAUCGGGUAAAAUAAAAGUUGGUCAUGUGAUUUUGGAGGUUAAUGGACAAUCUGUGAUGGGGUUAAAUCAUACGGAGGCUGCUAAAAUGAUAGCGGAAGCUUUUAAAAAUAAACAGAGAGAUGGAAUGGAACUACUGGUCACAGAAACAGGCGCUGAAGUCAAGGGUGCUCCAGAAAGUUGUGAAGUGUUCAGUAUUGACCUUUGACCUCAAGAUGUUAUGCAUGUGUCAUAGUAAGAGACAGAAUGGGAUUUAGUUUCCAAUAAUUUUGGGGAGAAUGGUUCUGGAAUAUAACAAGUUUGACGUUGGUGUGAUUUCAGACACCAGAAUGGAUUUAGAACAUAUUAUCUUAAAUAGGUCCCAGACGUUGUUACCUCUGAAUUUUAUUCGUCAGUAUGCGCAAAAAAUCUCAUGGUACACUGACAACAGUAAGAUCACAGAAUAUUUGUACAAAUGUAAAAUUUGAAAUUGAUUCAAGUAAUCUUUUGCACAUACGAUCUAUAAGGCCUAAUAAUAGUUGAUCGAGAAUUGGUAUGUCUUCAUAGAGAUUGCAUAUAAGGCAGUAUCUGAGAACCAGAAUAUAUUUUAUAUGGCCUGUGUAUUUGUUUAUUCCCUUUGUGAGAUCAUUGAAAACAGCUUAGAUGAUUUCCCAGGCUUAUUAAUAGUUGAUCAAGAAUUAGCAUGUUUUCAUUGCAUAUACAGCAGUAUCUGAGUUCCAGGAUAGUUUUUAUAUGGCCCGGAAUCUGUGUACUGGUUAAUGUGCAUUGUUAGAUCGUUGAAAACAGCUUAGAGGUUACGGUGGUUAUAGAGAAUCAAAAGAAAGUGAAAGAAUUUUGCAUGGAACUAUGAGCUACAUUCAAGUUGAAAAGUGUAAGAAAAUGUAGGAGAAUUAAAGUCCAAGAAGUCGUUAACAAUUUUAGGGUCACAGUGUCUGAUAGGGUAAAAAGAAGCCAUGAACAAUUCUGAGAUCACAUUGACAGAGAGGCUGAUGAUAAAUGAAGUGUGAAAUUGAUUUGCUUCAAAACAAAAUGACAAAUCAUAUAAUUGGUGAUGAGAAACUGAAAACCAUGCUGCUUCUGUGAAUUUGAGCAAUAAAAAAUAAGCAAUUUAUAAUAUACAAGAGCCUACAUACAAUGUUUUGGUCAUGUUCAAUUCAUCUCGUGGACUACUAAAAAAUCGUGGAUGUCAGAAUUAACAUGGAUGUCAGAGUUGAACAUCAUAAAUCUGUAACUUACAAAAUGUCAGAUCAGGUUAUUUGUUUAUAAGGGUUGUACCUCCUUUUCAGAUUAAAUUACAAACCCUGAUGAUGGAAAUAAAUUAUUUUUUUUGUAAUACUAAGUAAACCUUUAGGCUAUUAAUAAUUAUUUAAUCUAAGAAUGGAAAAUGAAUAUUAAAAAAAAAAGUCCAAAUUUGUUCAUGAAAUACAAUUUCUGGAAGGAAGAAUUAUAAUUCCUUAAGUAACAAGGAUAGCUAGCAUUUCUUUAGCCUGUUUCAUAAUCCAGCAUGUAAGGACUAAGUAUCUAGCAUUUCUCUGGCCUAUAUAAAUUUAUGUACAUGUAAAUUCCAUAUUGUAUAGUAACUUUUUUUUAAUUAAUCCUGUAACACUUGGUACAUGGAAAUAUUGACUACCCCAAUUCCCAAAUGAAAACAAUAGAAAAGUUACCAUUUAUGUAGCAUCUUUUCAAAACAGCUUGAAAAUAGUGCUCUCUAAAUGCCUUGAACGGACCGUGCCACAGAACCAGUAUUCAGUUCUUAAUUAGUUCACAUUUAUUCAUGUGACUCGCACAGUUUGAUGCACUACAGGUAGCAGUAGUUUCAGGUGGGUCGGUUGCUAAAGGGUUAAAGUGUUUGUAAGUCAGUGUUCUUAUAGAAACCAGAACAAUGUGGAUUCAUUAUAGCAAAUAUUUUAUAAAUCAGUUAAAUUUGUUAUUUAUGUGUAUUACAUGUUAUUUAUGUGUAUUACAUGUUAUUUAUGUGUAUUACAUGUUAUUUUUGUGUAUUACAUGUUAGUAUCAUGUAUUACAUGUUAUUUAUGUGUAUUACAUGUUAGUUAUAUGUAUAACAUGUAAUUUAUGUGUAUUACAAGUUAUUGUUAUUUGUGUGUAUUACAUGUUAUUUAUGUGUAAUACAUGUUAUGUAAGUGUGUUACAUGUCAUUUCAUGCAUCUGUACUUAUUAUUU